GACAUAACCCACCGAGCAUUUUAUACUAACUAUAGAUGUGUUUUGCAUUCAUCUUGCAUUACUACCUGGACUUCUACUAUUGACGGCGAUUCCAUAUCCCGAGUUUAAACUCCACCAACUUCAACCUACCAUUGAUAUCGUGUCCACAUGACAAAAUCUGUUUCUUGGAUGGUCGCCUACCUUCUGUAUAAAAAGGGGACCAUAUCCUCUGCAUCGACAUCAGAACUCACUCUGGUAUCACAUACUACAUCUCGAGAACAAAUACAUUCUGUACGCUGUUCUCGCCCCGUUCUUCGAGCAUACCCGCUGACGUCUUCUUGUCCAGGACAAUGUCGCAGCCUCCGAAGACAUCUUUGACCCGCUACGGUGGAUGGCUCCCAGUCAAUCCUGCGAUUAUCACGAGCUUCGUCCAGAAUCUCAUUCAGGUCAGCGCGCCUAAACGCAGGGCUAGGGCCGCCCAUACCGAGCCUAUCACAGACUUUGACCAGUUGCUCUACUUGAUGGACGAAAUUAUUGUCGCGCCGCCGAGGUUCUAUAUGGCGAGGGACGACGCAGGCAACAUCAUUGGGGAACCUAUUGGUGUCCCCAUGUAUCUCCUCUUCGACCUCCUUAGCAACACCGGUGCAGCCUAUGACCUCUUUCGCAAGCAGGCAUUCAAUGCUGCCCUGAAGGACUUGUUGGACGCCUGGGGCACGUACCUCAAGACCCCAGACUCCAACAAGACACUCACCGAUGACGAUGAGGGUUGGUUCGGCACUAUCGCCUUAAAGAGUCUCGAGGACAAGGAUCGCGGCGACUUCAACGCGACCUACGUGUGUCCUGAUCCUAAUGCAGUCAACCGUGGCUUCACCUCUUGGGACGAAUUCUUUACCCGCGAGGUUCAAGCCGACGCUCGCCUCGUCGACUUCCCCGAGGACAAGACUCUCAUCCACAGCGCCUGUGAGUCCACCGUGUAUCGCAUCCAGACUGGUGUCAAAGAUCACGACCAGUUCUGGCUCAAGGGCCAGGCUUACUCCGUCUACGAUAUGCUCUACCGCGAUGCCACUGCGGCUCAGUCCUUCGCAUUCCUCAGCCCACAGGACUAUCACCGCUGGCGUUGCCCCAUCGACGGUACCAUCACCUGUGCAGAGGUCGUUCCAGGAACCUACUAUGCCAUCAUCCCCGACACUGGAGCUGAAGUCGGUGACCCCGACCUCCAGCCCGGUGACCCCCACGGUGCCCUCAUUCGCUCUCAGGCGUGGCUCACUCACUCCUCCACUCGUGCCAUCAUCUACAUCCAAUCCGACAACCCAGUCAUUGGACUCGUCGCCUUCAUCGGUGUUGGAAUGGCAGAGGUAUCGACUUGCGAGGUUACCGUUCAGAGUGGACAGAAGGUCUCGACUGGUGACGAGCUCGGGGCAUUCCACUUUGGUGGCUCGUCCCAUGCGCUCAUCUUUGGUCCCCAGGUCAAGGUCACUUUUGCGGAUCACGUCAUAGUCGACCAGCACCUCAAGGUGAACUCGAUCAUAGCCCAAGCCAGCAAGGCGUAAGGAGGGCAGGUGAUUGAAUGCUUGUAAUGUUUGUACACGAAUUUCCCAUAUGACGAGCUUGAAUGUUCUAGUAUCACUGUUUGUCAAUGUAUGACGACCGAAUGC